ACUGCGCAGCCGCGGCCCCGUGCCUGUGUCAGCCGCGGUGGGGAGAUGGCGGCGGCUGCGGUCAGGGGCAUCGGGGGCGGCCUGCGGGAGCUCCGCAUCCACCUGUGCCAGCGCUCCGCGGGCAGCCGCGGGGUGAGGGAGUUCAUCGAGCAGCGCUACGUGGCGCUGAAGAAGGCCAACCCUGACCUGCCCGUGCUGGUCCGGGAGUGCUCCGGGGUGCAGCCCAGGCUCUGGGCCCGCUACGAGUUUGGCAAGGAGAAGAGUGUGUCCCUGAACAACCUGACGGUGGAGGAGGUGGCCAAGGCCUUGGAGAAGGUGAUGAAGAGCAAGGGCUGAAGAGCAGGAGGUGCCCAUGGCCGUGCUGAGGCUGUGACUCGCUGAGCUUUAAUGUCCAACCUGUGUCUGUAACUGAGGGGUGGCAUAAAGGCUUCCCUGCCCACCCGC